CACAAUCUGAAAUCAAAAGCCGAAAGCUAACUUGAUUAAUUCCUGGAUUAUUCAUUUGUCCUUUGCCAAUUUAGGGCCAGAUUACAAGUGGCGCGUUAACGGUUACACGCAAACAAAAAGGGGUUUAUUGCAGGUGUUUGCACACGUCAGGUGUAGCGCUCUAAUUACAUGUUGAAAGUGAACGCGAUUUAUGCUAGAAUGAUUACCAAGUCCUCAGAGCUCUGGUUAACUGUUACAUGAAACAAAAAAGUUGACAUUCACUCUAAGGGAGCUGAAAUCAAAGAGUUUGAAUACGGGCGGAGGAAGCGCUGCAGCGGCUCUCAGGAUUAAAAGGAAGCGGAAGUGAGCAGGAGCAGCAGCUGCAGCAGCAACAGCAACACGGGGAUUGGGAGUGCAAGAGAAGCCAAGUCAUAGCGGGACAGAGUGCAGAAGCUGGGCCCGGUUGCUUACAUUCUUCUUCCCCAUGCUAGAAGGAUGCAACAUGGCGGCAGCUAUGGAAACCGAACAGGUUGGGGUAGAGAUCUUUGAAUCAGCAGCCAGCCAUGAAAGCCCAGAGACCAAUGGGGGCGAUAUAAAACCAGAGCCCUAUUUUGUUGAGCGUCACUCUUGGAGUCAAAUGAGGAAACUUCUGGCAGACACUAGGAAGUAUCAUGGAUACAUGAUGGCCAAAGCACCUCACAGCUUUACAUUUGUUAAGAGGAACGAUCCUGAAAGCCCUCACUCUGAUCGCAUGUACUACCUGGCAAUGUCAGGAGAAAAUCGAGAAAAUACCUUGUUCUAUUCUGAAAUUCCUAAGAAUGUUAAACGAGGAGCAGUACUUAUGCUUUCUUGGAAGCCUCUUCUUGAUACAUUCCAGGCUACUCCUGAUUAUGGCAUGUAUUCCCGUGAGGAAGAGCUGCUUCGUGAGAGGAAACGGAUUGGAACAGUGGGUAUUUCUGCUUUUGACUAUCAUGCAGAAAGUGGGACUUUCCUAUUCCAGGCUGGUAGCGCCAUCUACACAGUGCGGGACGGUGGUCCUCGUGGAUUCACAAAGCAACCGCUGCAACCUCAGUUACUGGAGAGCAGUUGUUCCAACAUACGUAUGGACCCAACCAUCUGUCCUGGAAAUCCAACCUUUAUGGCGUUUGUGCACAGCAAUGACUUAUGGAUCUCCAACAUGGAGACUGGGGAGGAGAGAAGGCUUACUUUUGUGCACAAAGAUAUGGCUGGAGUGGAAGAAGAUGCCCGUUCUGCUGGAGUAGCCACAUUUGUGCUACAGGAGGAAUUUGACAGAUAUACAGGCUACUGGUGGUGUCCUCGUAAUGAACCAA